UAUAACGAACGCGCGACGAGCAUACGCAGUGUUGUUUUUUGCGGCGAACGCGCGUGCACGCCCGCGAUCCUCGCGCGCUGGAGAACGAUGCUGCUCUGGCGAGGACAACGCGACAUGAGAGCGACGCGCGCGUGCAAUCCUGUGCUACGCUGAUCGAGAGCAAAUCAGUGCCUGGUGCCAUGAAGCUGUUCGUCGGGCUUCAUCGCGCCUCGUUCCUCCUCCUCUUCCUGGCUGCUAUUGUAUUUGGAUUCGCCCAUUGCCAGCCUGCUCAAGGUGAGUCGCAGCAGGUAGCAUGGAGCCUGUUGGGUCAGCGUAACAAUCAAGUUUAUCGAUCACGCGAGCUUACCUCGUCCGGUCAACAGCAGCAACAAAAGCAAGCAUCGGAUGCGAUAGAAUAUUACGACGACGAGGAAUACUACGAGGACGAAGCAGCCCCAGCAGCAGCUGAGAGUUUCUUCAAAGAUGAGCCAGCAAGAUGGGCAAAAGCCAGUAAGACUGAUAAGACAAGUGCCAAUAGUAGCGCCAUUUACGAGGACGCCUACUAUUAUGACGACGAUUACGAGGAUGAAACGCCUGCCAAACUUAACGAGCCUGGCACAACAUCAACGACGACAACGACGUCAACAACGACAACGACAACGAGCGAAAUGUCACCAAUGACGGAAGUCACGCCAACGUGGACGAUGCGAAAGGACGAUGUUGAGGAGAAAGAAGAGGCGAAGACGGUGGCAACGACGGCGACGACGGAGAAAACAAAGGACGAGGAACCAAGCUCGAUUCUCAUAGGUGAAGCCAUCGUUUCUGUCGUCACCACGAAAAGCGUUGUCAAUGGUACUUACUCCGUGCCUGACAUGACAACUGUGCCGUCUGUCGAGCCUACCCAACAAAUGAGCGAGGCUUCUCCUUCGAGUACUAAUGCUACUACUACGCCAAGCACCACUAUUUCUACUACUGACAGUACAACGUCGACGACGACGACGACGACAACGACAACGACGACGACGACGGAAGCGGCAGUGUCGUCGACCACGAUCCAAGCAGCAGUGCAAACUGGGCGUAGUGUAUCUGGUGCGCGUUUCUUACCCUUCCCGUCGGUCGUCGACAAGGCCGAGCAGCUCGAUUCCACCGAGAGCAUCAUCGACAAACUGGAUCGAGUGCAAUCUGAGCUUUCGAGCGGAUUCCUCUCCAAUUCCAGAUUCGUGCCACGGCGCUACAACAAAAAACCCUUCUCGGCGACGUCGCUGACAUUGCCAACGACUUCAACCACACUCGCGCCCACGGCCUCGCCCAUAGCGCCAGUAACCAUCACGAGCAUCACCAAGAGGCCGAAGAUACAAACGACCCUCGACGACGUAUCGGCGUUCUUACCCAAAGACUUUUCCAAGAGCGGUCCGUACCGCACCUCGACCACAACUGCAGCCACAACUGCCGCCACAACUGCAGCCACAACUGCCGCCACAACUGCAGCCACAACUGCAGCGCCGUUGACCAAGCGACCGAAAAUCCAAACGACCCUCGACGAUAUCGAAGCCUUCCUACCGAAAGACUUCCCUAAGGGCAGUUAUCGCACGUCGACUACCAAGAGGCCUAAAUUACAAACCACUCUGGACGAUGUUGAGGCAUUCCUUCCUAAAGAUUAUCACAAAGGCGCCGGUUAUAGAAACGGCUCGUUCAAGAGACCCAAUUCUUCGUACAAAACUUCGACAGCUAGGAGCACGUCGACGACUGCUACCGUGAAGGCUGCCUCCAGCACGGAAAAGAGUACCGCGAGUACGAGACCCAAGACACUCACUACUAUCGAGGACAUCGCUGCAUUUUUGCCACCGGGCUACAAACUAAAGAAAGAAGAUGCUACGACGGAAAAGUCAGUGCUGCUGAGUGAGAUAUUAGCCAAAUCGAGUAGCAGUGUGAGGCCAAAGGAAGGCUCGACACUUUCACCAUCGACUACCGAGAGAGCGAAAUCCAUCCAAGAUCUGUUUGCGAAAUCAUCGGUCGACAUCUCGGACCUUCUACCCCCGGGCUACAAAGCUGAAGCUAGCAGCCCAAAGCCGAGUAGGAAAGAUAAACCAGACAGCGGCGAUCUCAUCCAAGAGCUGUUUGCCAAAUCUUCGGUUGACAUAUCCGCGCUAUUGCCACCAGGCUUCAAACCCGAUGCCACGGAGGGAAAAAGCAACGCCGUGACCUCAACGUCGACGACGGAAAAAACUAGCGGCGGCUCUUUCAAAGUGGUAUUCCCAAAUCGACCCGGCGGUGGCACUAGAAAACCUAUCCACAAGAUAACGACAGCAUCGAGUCGCGCUGCGGCUAAUGCCGCUGCUCCAGCUUCCGAACCAGCCAUUAAGAAAGGCUGGCCUGUCAGAGCCACGACAGAGUUCACCGGAUGGCCAACAUCAUCAACGACGCCGAUCUCGAUAGAGAAGCUACUAGAAGCAGCUCGAACGGCAACGGUUACGUCGUUAAAUAUAUCGCUGAUACCGACAACAGAAGAGAUAACAUCGACUUCGUCGACGACGACGACUACGACGACGACAAUGAGGCCGACGACACCUGGAAUCUGCGUCGAAGAGUGCGAAGUAGCCGGCACAAUCAAGAUCGUGGAGAAUGCCGUCUGGGUGCCGGAGUUACUCGACCGUAACACAAGGGAGUGGCAGGAUCUCGCCGAGGAGAUCGAGAGAGAGAUGAAUUUGGUGUUUGCGAAAUCAUCGGUUCUCAGGAAAUGGUUCCGCAACAUCCGCAUUGAUUCGUUCAGUCAAGGAAGCGUACUUGUCGAUUAUUUCGUAGAACUGAACGACUUGAAGGAGAAAGUCAAUACUCAGCAAUUGAAAGUGAUUUUUCAUGAAUCGUUGAGAAGUAUAAAUAUCGACAACCCUAUGGAAUUAAGUCCCGAAGGACCAAUGAAACUUGGCAAAUUUACCAUAGACCCAAAGUCAACUGACUUUGUUGUGAUACCAAGAGUAGCAGCUCCAAAAAUGCUCGAGGAUGAGAAUAGACUUAUUCCUCAGUGGGCCAUCGCAGUGAUAGUUAUCGGAGUCGGUGGUCUCCUAUUCAUCAUUGUCUUCGGUGUAUCUGUCCUGGUGAAUCGUCAGCACGGGUCGAAGUUUAAACCCACGAUAAGCGUUAUGUACGACGAGGAGAUGUCAAAAAACGCGAUGAGCCAUCACGCAGCACCGAUCGCUACGCCAAGUCGACCACCGGUUGCUGACUAUCAUAAACAUCACGACAGCCAGACCAUGUGGAAUGAUUCCGGCUGGCAUGAUAAGCCCUUCGAGUCGACCUCGCAUAAAAUUUUGGUCGACGGAUUACCAUACGAAAGGAAGUACAAUAUGUACGAUAGUUGGAAGUCCGAAUGGAACGGAUAUUUUCAGCCCCCGACACAAGCCAGUGGCUCGAAUUUUUCACGCCAUUACCCUGAUUAUGACAUUAAUUUUUAACUUUAAUAUUAAUUAAAGUAAUUUUCUUUUUUU